AUCUAUCACAUCAAUGAUACACAUUAAACCCCUUCACAUGCCAUGUUUUACAACGUAAAAACCCUCCUCCUUCUUCUUCUUCCAAUAACCUCAACAAAAAAUGGCAGCAUUUAGCUUGACCUCCGACAGGCAAUUCGUCGCCGGCUUGAAAGACGAUCCAAACCUCUACGUGUACGAGUAUCUCGGCGACCUCAACGAAUCCACCAUCAUCCGUCCCGGCCAGCCAUGGUCCAGCGAUGGAGUCAUAAUCGGCCCUUCUCAGCAAACCAACUUCAAGGCCCUAGAAGUGUUCGGCGUCAUCAUCAGCGACAAACUCUUCAUGGAGCUCGUGAAGGACUUGAACCUCAAAGGAUACAACGGCCAGACCUUUCGCCUCGUGGUGAAUCGUCGAGGCUGUUGCCUGCUCGACAGGGUGAACGAUCCGUCGUCGUUCGCGAUGCUCAGGAUCAACGACUGCUUCGGCUGGUCCAAAUACGGCGUGAAACUGCCCAAGUUCACGAGCGCAGACGUGUGGAACAGGUGCGACAUGUACAAUGGAGCGACCGUGGUGGACGUUCGAGGGAUCAUGGUCGCGACGGAGAAGGAGAAGGACGUGAAAGUGGAGCUGGCGAUGUGCAGGAAGGAGCUGGAGUGCACGAAAGAGAUGGUGAGGAAGAGUGGAGAGGCCGAAUCUCUGUUGAAUCGGUUCGUGGAAGAGAAGGAGAAGGAGGUGGAGAGAGUGGUGAAGAUUCAAUCGGCGAGGCACGAGAAGGAGUUGGAGCUGACGAAGGAAGCGGUGAAGAGAGGGGAGGAGAUCGAGUUGUUGCUGAGGAAGUCGGUGGAAGAGAAGGAGAAGGAAGUGGAGAAGAUGAGCAAUCUGCUUGCUGCCGAGAGGAAGCAAGUGGUCAGCCUUAAGGCUGUCAUUUGCACCUUCGUUGAUGGCCACGAGUAGUAAUUACCUAUAUAUAUAAUUAGCUUGUUGAUUGUUGUCAAUAAAUGUAGUUUCGUGUCUAGAGACACAAUACUCGUGGUCGUAUUAGCGUACUAAAUAAUGAAAAUGUAUAAUAAUUAAUUACGGUGCCGACUCGUAUUCUAUUAUGUUCUUUAUCGUAGACAUUAUUUGUAAUGCCGAUCUCAUUAAUAUUGUCUAACGCUAACAGAGUAAUCUCUAUUAUAUAUCGUGGGCAGGGAUCAUGCCAACAAAUGUCCCUUCGGAGUAUUGGUUUAGUGGAUAGAGACCUAUUAGAUGACUUACUCAAUCUAAAUCGUUGCUGGAAUAAUGGUCCCGCGAUAACUCGAGCUUUUUUGGUGUAUGGUUCUAAUUACAUAUGGACCAUUUCAAAACAUGAGUGCCAAAAGACUCACAAUGGCUCGAUAACAACAAUUGUACGUGACCUAAGUUUCAGAACAAGAAAGAACGAAAUCUGUAUAUCAACAAAUAAAGCAAACCUGAAGCCUGCCGACCAUUAUGACACCUAAUAUGGGCUUUGUCCCAUCUAGUUUGUGAGAUGAGAUGGCGCUACCUUCUCUGGAUAUUCUUCCGAGGACUAUUGGGCCCCUCGUGAGCGUCUCCAGAAGAAUUGGACUCCAGGCCCACCGGGGUCUGUAAAGCCCAGGCCUUGUAUGACGGCCUGGUCCUCUAAAGGUUUCCCGACCGUGAUUUCUUAACAAUACAACAAUAAACUCACCAUCUAACUCCGGCGGCGGCGGCGGCAUGUCGCUGCAACAGGGAAAGGGACGGCCGGUAAAAGGUAACUAAGUCACCAACAGUGUGCCAAAAGUGAUGAGGCAAGAUUCAUUGCAUCAUUCGAACCGGGAAAAAAGGGAACACGAACAAAAUCACGAGGGUAGAAUUUUGUUGCUAUUUGGAUGAAUUUGGACGUCUAAGGGUUUCGAAAGUCUUCGUUUAAUUUCCUAAUUUCUUUCUUCUUCUUCUUCUUCUUCUGAUGACGUUCAACAAAGCGGCUGCACACAUGGGAGAGAAAGAGACCGUUGAAUAUUCAUUCUGGACUUGGAAAACCAACAAGACUUGGAGCCAUGGCGGGCGGGGCGGGCGGGCGCCGAAACUGAAGAGAAAGCUCAGUAUUUCUUGGACUUCAAACUUUUUUUUUCUAUUGGGAAAGUCGGAUGUGAGCUACCCGUUUCAUAUGUUAUACACUUGAUUAUAUAAGGUAUUGGUAUUAGAGUAAAAUCGAUUUUCUUAGAAAUCCUACGGUAUAUAUGGAAUGGAUAAGCACGAAUUAAACAGACGUUCGUAUAACCCCAAGUGAUUAGUCUAGUGGUAUAUAUGGAAAUAAUAAUAUUCACACAUCAUAUAUUUAAAUGCCAGGACCAAUAAUAAUCAUCUUUAUAAAGAAAAAAGUGAAUGUCCAUGUGAUUAAAUAGGGCCUUAAGUUAUUACUUUCACCGUCAAUUGAAUUUGAUUAAGUUGACAUCACGACCAGCCAUUUGAGAGAGACAAUUCGACAAGGAUAGAUAUAGUGACUAGAAUGUUAAUUAGUUCAAAAUUUUGUACUAUUUUAAACUAAACAAAAAUGGAUGACCAAUUUCAGAAAAAACCAAAAUUUGGUGACCAUAUGGUAUGAUGACCAUGAUGGGAUGAUCAUCUUCUUCAUCAUGAUGGUGGAUGCAUGCAUCAUGACUUUAAUAUUUUUAAAAAAAAAUCUGAGUAGUCAUGGCUGAGUCAGAGAGGUGGGAAACCUUGUUCUGUGAAUUGUGAUACAUGACUCACCUUCCUCUCUUGCUUCACAAGAAAUAAAGCACAUCCAUACACUAGACACAAAUUUUAUCCUCUUAACCAAAAAGAAGAAGAAAAAAAGUAUACAAAAUUAUCGGAUUUUGUCAGCGCGCAUUGACAGGGGUAAUCGUCAGUGUGAACUAAAAAAAUAAAAAAUUUCAUGUAUA